AUGAAGGCGACUGCUGGCCGAGCAGAUAUGGCACUGUGCCAGUGGAGCCGCGCCGCCGCCGACCCCGCCCACCGCUAUGAUUGGCUCUGGCGACCAGCCAAGUCCCUCCCGAGGUGACAAGAAUCUCAUGGUAGAUGUGCUAAGUUGAGAGUUGCGUCAUGUUGAGUAAAGUGCCGAGCGUCAUUAGCACACUCGAUAUGUAAAAAUUGUGGCGUCUCUAAUCUCUAUUGUAAUCCUCGAGCGUCCUCAAACGGUUCUCAUACCUUGGAACAGUGUAGAGUUUGAAAGGAGUUAACCGUAGAUAAAUAUGGAAAAUAUACAGGAACUACCGAUAUGUCGCAGUGAACUGUUUUUUUAAAGAAAAUUUAUUCGGAUAGAAUGGAAUGGAAAAUGAGAACAUUUUGAAUUCUAACAAGAGGAUCAUUCUACUCCGGGUUAUAAGAUUUUUCAAUGUAUUCAGAAUACUUGUUGAUGAAUGAGGAUUUUGAAAGUCUCGACCGGAAAAACUUCCUGGUUUUCAAUUGCUCAAAGUACCAAGGAAACCGUCAAGAUAACGUAGUCUGAGAGUCUAGAGUCUCCAUUUUGCCCACUUUUAAAAAAACUACCAGAAGCUUAGUAGAACGACCUUCCUUGUUAGACAUUUUAGCCCCAGAAAGAAGAAGUAUUAUGUUUGUUACGAAACACUUCGGGAAAAAAAAAGUUCGAUGCUUUUUUCAGUCUUUCUUGGACCAAACGUGGAUUAUCUCAUCGAGCUUCCUCGGAGGACCUCAAUUGCAACUGUCUUAAAACUGUUCAAGAAUCGAAGGUGUUGCCGAGACGAAAGAGACGUCUCGAGAAGCCGGCAAACAUUCGGUUUGUCUCAUCUUUAGCCUUGCCUCGAGCACCCGUCUAA